AUGAAAAAUAAACCUUCCCAAAGACUGACUCUUGGGCUUUCGUCUCCUCCAAAUGUUUUUUUUCUUUCCUUUUCUGAACAUUAACCUCCAAAUGAUUUUUCUAGGUGAGUUUAAGGAAUCCUUGCAAAUACAAAAUCAUUUCCAGUGAUGAAGAAAAUACAAUGAGAAAACAGAUACAAUUAUUUUUAAGGUUUAUGGUUUAAAUAAUGUAAAAUUCUACUAAUUUUUGUUUGACACAUUCAAUACAUUUACACAGUUUUCAUAUUCUUCACCAAAAAAAGUUCAACUAUAUAAAUUACUUAUUAAUAUCUAAAUUACGUAGAAAGUCUUUGGACCAAAUUAACCGUUUUUCUGAAUCUAUAUACGAAAAUGUAACGAAAUAAAUCCUCACUUUCCCAGUUUCAAAGCUUUUUUCUUCCACACAAUUACACAAAUCGACAUCCUCUUCUUCAUCUUUCAUUAUUUUACGCAUACACACUCUCUCCACCUACUAGUAGUAUAAAACCAAAUCUCUAAGCAAAGCUAAUUUGGUCUCUGUAUACUUUUAGCUUUUAAGCUUCUCUGUUCCGUGAUCCAGUUUUUUAUGGACUAUUCAUCAUCUCUCGACCCCAACACCAACCCCUUCGACCUUCAUUUCGCCGGUAAACUUCCGAAAAGGAAAGUCUCGGAUUUGGCUUCUGUUGAUCUGGCGAGGAAAUGGUUAGUGAAAGACGAGAAGGCAAAUAUGUUACAAGAGGAGUUAAACCGGGCGAAUUCCGAAAACAAGAAGCUAACCGAAAUGCUAGCCAGAGUCUGUGAGAAUUACUACGCUCUACAUAGUUAUCUGGAGGAGUUGAUGAAUCAAAAGAGUCGUGAAAAUGGAAACUUUCCGAACGAACAGCUCACGAGAAAACGAAAACAGGACGUUGAUGAGUUUUCAAGCUCCACAAUUAGACUCAGCUGCGGAACAACCGAUAAUAUCUCCAGCGACAAAGCAUCGGUUUCAACCGCCUAUUAUCCCUCUGAUACGUCUGACACAAGCUUGACUGUGAAAGAUGGAUAUCAAUGGAGGAAAUACGGGCAAAAGAUUACGAAAGAUAACCCAUCUCCUAGAGCUUACUUCAGAUGCUCAUUUUCACCGGCUUGUGCAGUCAAGAAGAAGGUACAACGAAGUGCAGAAGAUCCAUCUUUCUUGGUAGCCACUUACGAAGGGACACAUAACCACCCGGGUCCACAUAUAGGUGGGUCCAGGACAGUGAAGCUUGACCUAGUCCAAGGUGGUCUUGGACCUGUUGAGGAAAAGAAAGAGAGAGGAACGGCUCAAGAGGUUUUGAUGCAACAAAUGGCCUCUUCGUUGACGAGUGAUCCAAAGUUUACUGCAGCCCUUGCGGCUGCUAUUUCAGGGAGAUUGAUAGAUCAGCCAAGAACAUGAAAGUUUCUGUCGACUAGAUUUAUAUAUUUGUUGUUUUUGUUGCUCUCAUCCCUAGUAAAAAGAUAGGACAUCUUGAUUAGACAGAUUUUGUGAUGUGGCCGCUGUCAGUAUCGCCAAAUUUGCCAUUAGCUUACCAUCUGUGACGGAUCUGGAAAAUUUUAUUAGUGGAAAUAAAAUAUAACAUGAUAGAAAAUCAAAAUUAAAAAAU